UGAAAUCUCAAAUAGUGUGUUGGUCAUAGAUAGUAUAGAUAGUGUAGAUCACUUUUUAAGCAGCGUAGUUACUGCUGGAUACACUAAAAUUGAACGUUGGCAUCACUGAGCCGCUAGUCUAUCCAGAUUUUGCUGCUACUUGUCUCUUUACAUUGUACAUUUACAUCAUUGGGCCAAAAAUUCUAAGAAGACUAACAACCUUUGAUGGCAUAUCAAUUCUUAUGCAAGAGAAAAUUGCAAAGAAAACUACAAACGAAGAAAUGUCAUUCUACUAACGAGAAAAUUGCUUUAAAACUCGAAUUUUUAAAUAAGAUAGUGAAGAAGACGAAUAUCGAGUGAGAGGCCGCACAAAUUUUGAGGCUUAAAAAUAAAUCUUCGGGUUUUCUUGCAACCAAUGAAAGCAAGGUCGUGGUCACGUGAUUUUGUUGGAACUAAAAUCUACUGGUACACAGAGGUCGUUGACAAAACCACGAGCUAUCUCCUGUGAUUGGUUAACUACGACACCGAAGAACAAUUUGUUUCUUUAUAAAAUCUGAGCUUUUCAAUAAAGAAGUUCUUAAUCUUCAAACUAGUGCUGUUAAGAAACAUUCGCGAUGGAUUUCUUCGCUAAAAAACCAACCAUGAAAGAGCAAAUGCGUGAUGUGGAUAGGCAGCUGAGGAAAACUGGAAGAGAGGUUGAUAGAGAUAGACGAGAACUAGAGAAAGAGGAAAAGAAAUUGGAGAUGGAGAUUAAAAAUGCAGCAAAAACUGGAAAUAAGCAAGCUUGCACAGUCCUAGCCAAACAAUUGGUACAACUUCGAAAACAAAAGGAGCGGACAUAUGCCGCCAACAGCAAGAUUACCUCAAUAAAUUCCCAAACAAAAGUAAUGGGAGCUAACGUGAAACUAGCUGGAGCUAUGACAACUGCCACUCAAAGUAUGGUAUCAAUGAACAAAACCUUGAAGCCGGAACAGUUGAGUCGAACCAUGCAAGAGUUUGGAAAAGCUUCUACUCACAUGGAAAUGACUGAAGAGAUGAUGAGUGAUGCCUUGGAUGAUAUUUUGAAUGAAAGUGGGGAUGAGGAAGCAGGUGAUUCUAUUGUCCAGCAAGUUCUGGAUGAAAUUGGCAUUGACAUAACCACAAAGGUUUCCAAAGCGCCAUCUGCUCCAUCCAGGUUGGGUGCUUCUUCUACCGCAGAUAACGAAUUUGCAGAUUUGGAAAAGCAAUUAGCCAAACUGAAAAGUUAGCUAUUGAGGAAUUGAUCCUACAACAUUAUUAUCGCCUUGUGCGAUCGUGCCCAAGUACUAUUACCAUUCUUAUCUCUUCGAAUUCAAGUAUGUCUAUAUCGUUCUAAAAGGUAUUGUUUUCAGAAUAAAUAAAGAAAAUGGCCUUCAA